UUAAAUCCGUAUAUAUACUUAUAAAAAAAUACAAUACUACAUAUAACUGGCUACACAUAACUAUAAUUAAUUGUGCUGCUGGAUUCAAGUCAGCAAGAUCAUAGGCAGCAAGAGUAACACGUAUAUAAAUUGAGCACCGCACGCUUGCUACUUUUCAAACGAUCGCAAAAUGUGUAGUGUUGUGUUCGAUGCGGAAGUGGUUGCUCCACCUAGACACCUGGACGCGGCCUUUUUCGAGGAAGUGCUGGAAACGGCUUUGAGAACCGCUAGAGUCCAACUGCUGUCCGUACACAUUCGAAUGGGCAGCAGCACGGGGGAAAACUACUGCAGCCAGAUUUAGCGAGCGAAAGUAACGUUCAAACGUCCUGAUCAUCCGGAGCAGCACAUCCUUUUUAUUGUGAAGAGCAUUCCUCGCCUGGAUUCUGUGGAGUUUAUCAAUGAUCUGCAAGUGUACCUGAAGGAGAAGAUCACGUACUACGAAGUUCUUCCCCGACUGGAGCUAAUGAUGCAGUGCAAUCGACGCUUCGGACCAAAGCUUUACCAGUGCAUAAAAAAACCGGAGAACACCCUUGUCUUCGAAGAUCUGGGCCAGCUGGGAUUUGAGAUGGCUUCCCGUGAGUUGGGCUUGGAUGAGGAUCACUGCCAACUGGUCAUGGAGCGCUUGGCCGAGUUUCAUGCCACUUCAAUGGCCCUUUCAGUGCUGGAUCCCCACAUCUUCGAUACCUAUACCGACGGCAUGCUAUCGCCUAAAGGUCUUGGAAAGGACGGACUGCUGAUGAAGUUCUUCUCGGGCAAUGGCAGCGAACUGCACUCACUGGUGAGCUCGUGGCCUGGAUUCGAGAGAAUCGCCGGGAAGAUUGGCAAGUAUAUGGAGAACCAGCGGGCUAAUUUGGAACGCAGUCAGGCUCCGCUGGAGAAGGAGAUUAAGGUCCUCAACCACGGAGAUUUGUGGGUCAACAAUAUGCUGUUUAAGUACGACACAGCGCGACGUCCGCAGGAUCUCAUCCUCAUCGACUUCCAGCUGAGCGUGUGGGGCAGUCCGGGCAUCGACCUCAACUACUUCUUCUAUACCAGCCUCACCCUGGACGUUCUGCGUCACAAGCGACCCCAACUGCUGCGCACAUACCACGCUCGGCUGGCGAAGACGCUGCUCGAUCUCGACUUGGGCGUCCCUGUGCCCAGCUACGAGCAGAUCCUGGAGGAGGUUCACCGCCGCGAGGCCUACGGCUUCUUCGCCAGCUACGGCAUCUUCCCCACUGUCAGCCAGGACAAGGCCCAGACAGCGGACAACAAUCUGGAAAGCUUCAAGGACGCCGACUUUGCCAAGCAAAAGUUGCGUCAGAUGUUCGAGUCCCGCCGACUGGCGGAGACACUUCGCUACUCGCUACCGCACUUUGAACGCGCUGGCGUCUUGGAUUGAAUUAGUUUUUUAGAGGUUGUCCAUACAUUACGUAAUCAUCCAAGGGGUAAGGGGUUACAUCCAAAUAAUUACUCCCACAAAACAAAAAAU